AUGUCGAAGUCAUUGACAGUCCUUGGAUCUCUGGGACGCCCUGUGACAGUGCCGACUGGGCUAUUCAUUCACAAUGAGUUUGUGAAUUCUUCAACGGGACUGACAAUGUCGGUCGAGAAUCCUUCCACCGGCGAACAACUGGGGACCGUCUCAGCCGCCGGGCCGGAGGAUAUAGAUAAAGCUGUCGAAUCUGCCAAAGCUGGGCUUGUGACCUGGACAAAAGUGUCAGCACCUCUGAAGGGUCGACUCCUUUUGAAAUUGGCAGCUUUGAUCGAGCGCGAUUCGUAUGACUUGGCGACUCUAGAGGCCGUCGACGCAGGCAUCCUUUUCACUGAUUCGAUGGUCUUCAACAUCCCGCAAGCCAUAGCCUGUCUUCGUUACUACGCGGGCUGGUCCGAUAAAUUGGAUGGCAAAGUCUUGAAUAUGGAAAAUGGUAUUGCCUACACACACAGAGAACCUCUUGGUGUUUGUGGCGCCAUCGUGCCCUGGAAUGCGCCUCUGAUGAUCACUAUCUGGAAGUUAGCUCCAGCAUUAGCUACUGGAAACACGCUUGUGAUCAAACCCUCAGAGCUAUCUCCACUUUAUGCACAGCGGCUCGCUGAGCUAAUUAGGGAGGCCGGUUUCCCCGCUGGAGUGGUGAAUAUCGUGACCGGUGAGGGUUCCAAAGCAGGUCAACGCCUAUCUGAACAUCCAGAUGUUCAGAAGAUCGCAUUUACAGGCGGUGAUUUUGCCGGACGGAAGAUUCUCGAAGCCUCCUCUCGAACAAACCUGAAAAAAGUCAGUUUGGAGCUAGGUGGUAAAGGGCCGUCUAUUGUCUUUGAUGACUGUGAUCUCGAAAACGCCCUAUACUGGACGCGGAUUGGCAUUACAACGAACAAUGGCCAGAUAUGUGCCGCCGGAUCUCGGAUCUAUGUCCACGCUUCGAUUUAUGAAAAAUACCUCCACGCGUUUAAGAAGCUCGCGUUGAAACAGACUACCAUCGCUGGAAAUCCCCUUGAAACUUCUACUACCAAGGGUCCCCUAGUCAGUAAAGCUCAGUACCAAAGGGUGCUGGACUUUAUUGAACAUGGGCGAAAAUCCGGGGCUACACUGCUUUUUGGUGGCGGGAAAAUUGGUGACAAAGGAUAUUUUGUGCAAGAUACUGCAUUCGCUGACGUUGAUGACAAUGCAAGGAUUAUGCGAGAAGAGAUUUUCGGUCCCGUUGCGAGUAUUGCGAAGUUUCAUACCGAGGAGGAAGUCAUCUUUAAAGCCAAUGAUAGUAACCAUGGCUUGAGCGCUGCAAUCUUCACGAAUAAUAUUAACCGUGCACACCGGGUGACUAGGGCUCUUAAAUCAGGCCAGGUGACUGUGAACGCAUGGGCGAUGCUGAGUGCUAAUGUUCCAUAUGGCGGUGUCAAGGAAAGUGGGUUUGGAAGAGAUAUGGGCGAAGAGGCUCUUGAGGGAUGGACAGCUGUGAAAGCGAUCAAGUAUCACAUUUUCUCUUCCUAA